CUCAGAAAUCACUGCUGGAAUUGGUGACCUCUGUCCAAGACCAAACACACAUCAUGUUUGGUAGCAAAGCUGUAGGUUAUAUAACAAUCGUCUUGCUAGGACUGUGCCUAGCAAUUUGCAAUGGACAGACAGCUAAGAGAAUCUCCGUACAAAAGUGUGAAGAAUAUCGUAGAAUAAUCUCAUCCAAGCGCGGCGUUAUACGGCUCACACCGAACCCUAAACCAUUAUACCACGAGUCGUACAAUUGCUCGAAUGUGGUGGAACUGAUCGUUGGUGGUGAAGCGGCAAAGCAUGGUGAAUUUCCACACCACGCUUUGCUAGGUUUUCCGAAGGAGGAUGGUUCGGCCGAGCCGUACAGUUUCUUGUGUGGGGGAUCUCUGAUUUCGGAUCGCUUCAUCCUAACCGCUGCACACUGCUUUAGUCAUGAUGAUCCGGUGAUAGUUCGCUUGGGCGAGUACGAUCUAACCGUCGACUCCACGACACAGCUUGACUUCGGUAUUGCCCAGAUCAUUCGACAUCCAACGUAUCGCAACACACGCUCCUAUCAUGAUAUUGCACUGGUACGGUUGAACGAGACGGUACUGUUUUCCAAGGUAAUACGUCCGGCAUGUCUGUGGCAGACUCCCACACUUAAUAUGAGCCGUUUAGUGGCUACUGGUUUCGGCAAACUGGAGGAUGGCAACUUCGAAUUGUCGACUAAGAUGAUGAAGGUACAGCUGGAUGUGUUCCCCUCCAGUGACUGUGGUAAGCUAUUUCAAGGUGAUCGCAAAUUUCGUGAUGGAAUAGACGAAGGUCAGCUAUGUGUGGGAAGCCUUAUAGGAGGUAAGGACACCUGCCAGGGUGACUCCGGUGGACCACUGCAGACGAUAACGGAACCGAGAAGUUGCAUCUAUAACAUUGUCGGUUUAACAUCUACUGGGGGCGCCUGUGGUGUUGGCAACUCAAAGGCAAUCUAUACAAAUGUGGCACACUAUCUGGACUGGAUUGAACAAAUAGUUUGGGCUCCUUAAAUGUGAUCAUACACACUGGAUGUUAAGUUUGCAGAUUGUGUGCCGUGAUCGAUGAAACCUUCAUAGCGAUAUUUGUUGUAAUCUUGUGCAAACAACUAUAGACCAAUUGAAUUCAAACUUUACUUUGAAACCUUAUCAAAACAAUAAAAAUACAACUUAUGAUUGUUUCAAGCAUUCAAAA